AUGGAUUCAAAAUUGAAGGUGGAGGAGCUGGAGGAGGCAAAGCCCGCCCCCCUCAACCGAUAUGGCGAUAACGCGCAGCAAGAGAAAUUGACGCGGAGAAUUUUGUUGAAGUUGGAUACGCGAAUUCUUCCUAUACUCGCGCUGCUUUUCCUAUGCUCAUUUCUCGAUCGGACGAACGUCGGCAACGCGAAGAUCAUUGGCUUAGAGGAGGAUCUGUCUAUUUCUGACCAUCAGUACGAUGUCGGUUUGGCUGUUUUUUAUCUUACUUAUAUCUGCAGUGAGCUGCCGAGUAAUCUGGUGCUCAAGAAGGCAUCUCCGAAACUUUGGCUCCCAUUUUUGACAGCUGUUUGGGGUAUUAUCACCAUGUGCCUUGGGUUUGUGCAGAACUUCGCGGGUUUUGUGGCUGUUCGGGCUUUGUUGGGUGUUGCGGAGGGUGGUCUGCUUCCGGGAAUGGUUUUAUAUCUGUCCACAUUCUACCGAAGAGGCGAUCUAGCUUUGCGAAUUGGCUUGUUUUAUACGGCUGCUUCCCUAUCUGGUGCUUUUGGAGGUCUCCUUGCCCGUGGACUAGCUGAAAUUGGACCUCGUGGAGGUCUAGAAGGCUGGCGUUGGAUUCUGAUUAUUGAAGGACUGUUGACCUUCGUCUGCGGAGUACUAAGCUUCUUCGUUCUCCCAAACAGCAUAGAAUCAGCAUCCUUCCUGACCACCGAAGAAAAGGAAUUCGGUCGGGAGAGACUGAUGCUCGACAACCCCCGAAGCAUAGAAGGCACCCUAGCAUCAGAAGCCGAAUCCUUCAAAUGGUCCGAAGUCCGUCGCGGCGUCCUAGACCUUCAAGUAUGGUUCUCCGCAUCAGCCUACUUCGCCAUUCUAUCCGGCCUAUACUCCUUUGGUCUAUUUGUAUGCAUCAUUCUAUCCAUUCAAUCCUUCACAAAAGAUAUCCCAACUAACAAAGCAAAGCUUCCAACAAUAAUCAAAAAUCUCGGCUUCGCCAAAGACGCGAAUGAAGUCCAACUCUGGUCGGUGAUCCCCUACGCGGUGGCAGCAAUAGUCACCGUGAUUGUGGCAUUCAUAUCGGAUCGGUUACGCCUUCGAGGCGUGGUAAUGCUAUUUACCCUUCCAAUUGCUAUAGUUGGCUACGCCGCCAUUGCGAAUAUCGACUCCCCGCGCGUUCAAUAUGGAAUGACUUUCCUUAUGGCUACUGGACAAUAUGCUAGUGUGCCUUGUAUCUUGGUUUGGUUGUCAAAUAACUCUGCUGGGCAUUAUAAACGGGCUACAACUUCUGCUAUGCAGUUGGCUAUUGCUAAUGCUGGGGGUUUUGUUGCGACUUUCAAUUAUCCAUCUAAGGAUGGCCCUCUCUUCCACCGUGGACAUACGAUUAUUCUUGGUCUUUUGUGUUUUGCGUGGUUUAUGAUCCUGCUUAAUGUGCUCUACUGCGCAAAGAUCAACCGAGACAAGAAGAAUGGCAAAUAUGACCGAUACGCUGGUUAUAACGAUGAUCGAAACCCAGAAUUCAUGAUGAUCCUUUGA